GCAGUUGCUUUGGCAGUUUGGACCCACAAUUUGAGACCACGAGACCUGUCACUUUGGAGAAGUAAAAAUGGCAUCAGCAGCACACUUCUCAGAGGAAGAGAUAGUAGAGCUAAGAGAGGCUUUCAGCAAAGUUGAUAUUAGUGGGAAUGGCUUCAUCCACACUAAUGACUUAACAGAUGUGUUGAAAGCAGCUAAUCUCCCUCUCCCAGGAUAUAAAGUCAGAGAACUUAUUCAGAAUUUGACAACCACAGGAGAUGGCAGGAUCAGUUUUGAUGAAUUUAUUUCAAUUUUCCAAAGCCUGAAGAGUGACGAUGUUGCUAAAUCAUUCCGAAAACAAAUCAAUAAAAAGGAGGGGAUCUGUGCUAUUGGUGGGACUUCAGAGCAGUCCAGUGCUGGCACACAACACUCUUAUUCAGAGGAAGAAAAGUAUGCUUUUGUCAACUGGAUUAAUAAAGCCCUUGAAAAGGAUCCUGACUGUAAACAUGUGGUCCCAAUGAAUCCAGAAACAGAUGAUCUCUUCCAGGCAGUUGGUGACGGCAUCGUACUUUGUAAGAUGAUCAACUUUUCAGUGCCAGAUACCAUUGAUGAGAGAACAAUCAACAAAAAGAAGCUCACCCCAUUCACAAUACAGGAAAAUCUGAACCUGGCUCUGAACUCUGCUUCAGCCAUUGGGUGCCAUGUUGUUAACAUUGGAGCUGAAGACUUGAAAGAAGGGAAACCUUACCUGGUUUUGGGUCUUUUAUGGCAAGUCAUCAAAAUUGGACUCUUUGCUGACAUAGAAAUUAGCAGGAAUGAAGCUUUAAUUGCUCUCCUGAGAGAAGGAGAGAGUCUGGAGGAUCUGAUGAAGUUGUCCCCAGAGGAACUGCUGCUGAGGUGGGCAAACUAUCACCUGGAGAAUGCAGGAUGCAACAAGAUCAACAACUUCAGCUCAGAUAUCAAGCCUGACUUCUACAGCAUUAUAAAGGACUCAAGAGCUUAUUACCAUUUGCUGAACCAAGUUGCCCCCAAGGGAGAUGAAGAAGGCAUUCCAGCUAUUACUAUUGACAUGUCAGGAUUAAGGGAGAAGGACGACGUCCAGAGAGCGGAGUGCAUGCUGCAGCAGGCGGAGAGGCUGGGCUGCCGGCAGUUUGUCACAGCCACAGACGUCGUCCGUGGGAACCCAAAGCUGAACUUGGCUUUCAUCGCCAACUUGUUUAACAAAUACCCUGCCCUGCACAAGCCGGAGAACCAGGACAUUGACUGGAGCUCUAUUGAAGGUGAAACAAGGGAAGAAAGGACAUUCAGAAACUGGAUGAACUCUCUGGGUGUUAAUCCCCGUGUAAAUCACUUAUAUAGUGACCUGUCAGAUGCCUUAGUUAUCUUCCAGCUCUAUGAAAAGAUCAAAGUGCCAGUAGACUGGAACAGAGUGAACAAACCACCUUAUGCUAAACUGGGUGGCAACAUGAAGAAGCUGGAAAACUGCAACUAUGCAGUGGAACUGGGAAAGAAUGAAGCCAAGUUUUCCCUUGUUGGAAUUGCUGGGCAAGAUCUGAACGAAGGAAACCGUACACUCACCCUGGCCUUGAUCUGGCAGUUGAUGAGAAGGUACACACUGAAUAUCCUUGAAGACAUUGGUGGUGGAGAGAAGGUCAAUGAUGAAAUCAUUGUCAACUGGGUAAAUGAAACACUGACUGCAGCUGGGAAGAAUUCAACCAUCUCCAGUUUCAAGGAUGGCAAAAUCAGCACCAGCAUGCCCGUCCUGGAUCUCAUUGAUGCCAUUCAACCAGGAUCAAUCAAAUAUGACCUCUUGAAAACAGAGGACCUGAAUGAUGAAGAGAAACUUAAUAAUGCUAAAUAUGCCAUCUCCAUGGCAAGAAAAAUUGGAGCAAGAGUCUAUGCCCUUCCAGAAGACUUAGUUGAAGUAAAACCCAAAAUGGUCAUGACUGUGUUUGCUUGCCUUAUGGGAAAAGGCAUGAAGAAAGUCUAAAGCACAAAAGACUUUUACCAAUGGCUGGUAUUCACCCUUUUGAUUCCCUCAAACUGGAUCCUCUUCUCUGUAUCAAGGAAAUAUGCAGGUUAUUCAUGCUUUUUAGCAUGUCAGACAAGGUUCCAAGUCAUACAAAAGUUGACAUGUAUAUCCAGGAAAUGUUUUGUUUUGAACAGUAGUAUGUGCUUGAUUUCUUUGCUGUGUUUUCCACUUUGCUAGAUGUAACCAUUUCAUAUACCUAAGUUUUCAACAAGCCUAUAGAUAUCCUUUUAUUAAUGGA